CUGUGAAGCAUCAUCUGACCUGAGCUCACACUGCUGAUAUCUAUCAAAUCAGAUGUCAUUCUAUCUCUGAAAAUGAAGACGGACAUCGCUUACAACCAGCUGUUUGACAUGGAGAAAAGGCGACAGGAAUCCCACAGGAAGGCACAGGUGUAUUCCAGAUGUGUGAUGGCUCUGGCCACCAUCUCCACUGUGCUGCUGGCCGCCACAGCCCUCUAUCACCUCCUGACACCGCGUGUUUCCUCCUCCCAUCCUGCCCCGAGCAGCAGCCUCCGUCUGCCGCAGGCCGAGUCCUGCUCAGACCCCUGCAAGAUUGUUCUGGUGGAGAGUAUUCCUGAAGGACUGGAGUUUAACUCCAGCACCACUCACCCCUCCAUCUUCGAGGCCUGGAUCAAUCUGAUGGCUGAAGCUCGCAGCAGUGUUGACAUUGCCUCCUUCUAUUGGACGCUCACUAACGAAGACACCGGCACUCAUGAGCAGACAGCCUAUCAGGGUGAGACCGUUCUGAAGACGCUAGCUGAACUGUCUGGGAAGUUGUCAGUUCGUAUCGCAGUGAACACGCCACAGGAGAGUCAACCGCAAGCAGACCUCAGACUGCUCAACAAGUCAGGAGCUGAUAUUAGGACAGUUAACAUGAGAGAGCUCACCUCAGGCGUCCUCCACACAAAGUUCUGGGUUGUGGACAAGAGACACAUUUACAUUGGUAGUGCCAACAUGGACUGGAGGUCCCUCACACAG